CGUCUCGCGUUUGCAGCAUAGCUCGUUCAUUGAUGAUGUGAGUCAACCAGUCGGUCAGUCAGUCCGCAGUUAGUCUCUGUUAACGAACUUCGUGAAGCGUCAUUUUUUCUUCAGUCUUCGGAAAAGUAUCGUGUGUCUCGCGCGGUUCCGGAUAAGUGUUUUUCGGUGAUUUUAACGGUGAAAGAUAAGCCCCCUACCUUGGCUCGGUUGCAGCAUCCAGCGAAAACCACCCAUCAGUUCAAUCCAUUCCCACACCGCCACCGCACCGGUAGCAGCAAAUUGGCCAAUUUCCGCUACCGCAAAGCAACUCAGUCCGCCGGUCCCGAUGGUGGUGUAGUGGUACCAUGUCAACGAUAGACGAACGUACCGCAUAUCUGGAGAAUCCCUACUUCAAAGGACACGUCUACGGUAACUUUAAUCCGUUCUACGUGACCAUCGCGAUCUGCACCCUGCUCGGAGUGUUCAUCUUUGUGCUGAACAUCAUCUGCGGUUGCUGCUCGAAGCACAAACAGUACUGGCAGGAUCGCCACACCGGCAAUCGCUGGUUGGUAUCGAUUUGGUCCGCCACCCCGCACAAGCAGCCCCCGCUGGACCUCACCGAGCUGAAGGACGUCCGAUCGUUCCAACCGGUCAAUCCCGACAUCGAACGUCCGGUUGAGUACACCGUAUCACACCACCGCCCACAACACCAGCCACAGCACCAGCAGUACGGACGGGGAGCCGGCUACCGGGAAGAAUACGUCGAACUGCACGCCAAACGUGAAAGUGACAUCUAAUCAGCAUCCAUACACUACUUACACAAGUACAAAACUCGAAUCAAAGAAAAUCUCACAAAAAAUGGCCUUCAUUGUCGUCUAUCCGGCCGUGGCCUUCCUGGCCAUGUUCAUCGUCAUUGUCAUUAUGUUAAUCCUCAGAUGUGGUGGGAGGUUGGGAUUACGCCAUACUGCGCUCCCGGAUGAUAACGAUCUACGGGAGCAUACGUACGAUCAGAAAGUUAGCUAUGCCUGAUGAUAGAGUUAGCACAUUCUACUCCGUCCAUCCAUCCUUUUUUUUUACCUCACACCAUUCUCCUCGUAAGAGCGCAAUGAUAAGAAUCUCUGACGGACAGCGGAGAAAUGCCAAAUGGGUUAAGAAAUCUUUUUAGUCAGUGUGUGUAGCAUAUACGUUCAUCCUCCUAACCGAAUUCGAUUUGCUUUCUUUUCGCUGCCAACUUACUUCCCCACAUGUCAAACUCAGGCAAACGGUAUAAUCCUCCAAGGGUUAAACCGGAAAUACCCACAAUCAAUGGGACUGAAUCAGUUUCUGUUCAGAAUGACUUCUUUUCCUGCUCAAAUGUCCUACUUUAGGAAGAGCUACGUCACCAAUCUUUUUAUGCAAUCGUCAAUUCGGAGCUCUUCGUAAGUUCUAAACACUUUUCAGGCUGAUUUGGAUUUUUCUCAUUUCCGGCAGUCGGAUACCGAGUGGAAAUAAAUUUCAUAUAAGAGACAGAGCAGCAACAAAUACUGGUAUGUAUCAAAUUUUGUUUUUGUUUGAUUCUGGUAGACUUUUACAAGAAAUUCUUCCACAAUGUUGCGAGAGAAUCUUUCAUAAUUCAUAGGGAUAUUCUUUCAAAAGCCAGAAAAGGGUUUUCUCCAGAAUCCUACGAAAGAUUCGUUUAGAAUCAUGAAAGGGGUGUCCCCACAAUCUAAGAGGAGUUUACCCAGAAUUUUGCGAGAAAUUUCAUUAGAAUUAUGAGAAUGAUAUCUAGAAUCUUUUGUAAAACAGUAAACAUCAAUCCAAAGAACAAGAAAUAUGGUUGAUAUAUCACAUUUGCAAUUGCUUUGAAUACACAAUUUGUUUGUUAUUCGUAAUUUAUUUCUACAGGGAUCAAAUAUCAUCUACUCCUUUUGAUAUAGAAAAAACUUAAUCCAUCCAAUAUCAAGGCAAUACUCUUACUACUUUUCAAGCUUUUUUUACUGCAUUUUAGAUGUUAAGGUAAAUUGCUGUAUCAUCCCAAUAACAUUGCAUUUUUAACUCCUUUUUGAUAACAGUCUCAUACAAACAUUCAACAUAUGUUAAUGAUGCCGGCGUGCCAAUUCCCGCCAAUCUCAUUUUAAUUCCGAAACAAACAAUUAAACGGCCCGCACUUUACUGACCAGCCAGCGCAGAAAACGCGCAAUCAUACACCAACAAUUAGUGAGUUAAAAAAAUUUUAUCACAAUUAUUGUAUCCAUGGGAGUCGGCAGCAGCAACCCCUUUGGGAGACGCAAUAUCCAAACAUGAAAUUUUUAUGCUUUCAGCCGACAGCGGCUGACGCCUACGCGUAGAAAAAUAUGAAACCAAUAAAAAUUAAAACACCAACAACAUACACUCAUAAAAUGCAUAACAAUCAAACACACCUCAUUACUAAUUGAAUGACGACCGUUGGAGAGGCAGUGGAAUACCGGCAACUGUUUGGUGGUUGCGUACCUUCACGUGUUCAGUUUUUAAUUAUUUUAUAUAUCGGAACAGAAAAAAAGGAUGUUUAAUAUGUGCACAAGCAAUCCGUCCAGCCCGCAUUCGGGCCUUAACGUAUAUAAAACGCAAACGAACGCACAUCAUUCAAACAUGAAUCUAUACAGACAAAUGAGAAUAAUUACGUAUUUUUUUUUAUUAUUUUAUCAAUCAAGCAAAUGCGAGAGUAAGAUUAAACCACUGUAGUAUUGUCAUAUCGGUCAAGAGAGUAUAUAUUUGAAGUAAAUCAGAGCGACGAAUAAAGAAAGGUUUUUCCAAGUAAAGCCUA